CCCGGGGACGUGUCUUACAUUCUGGUGUUCUGACUGUUUACUUCCGUCAAUAUUCAAAGAAAAGCAGAAAAUUAUCAGCAUAACAAAGGAACCGCUAUCUCUGGAACAGGUGGAAGAAGAUGCCGUUCUUGGGCCAAGACUGGAGGUCACCAGGCUGGAGCUGGAUCAAAACUGAGGAUGGAUGGAAGCGCUUUGAAUACUUCGGCCACAGUUUGGGAGAUAAUAUCAAUGAAUUUGGCUUGGAAGAGUUAGACAAUGACAACAAGGAAAACAUCUAUGUGGGAGAUGUCUCUGAAGUAGCUGCCAAGAAGAGAAAAAAGGACUUUUUCAACAACAACACAAAAUCAGAAUUUUUGUUCCAGGAGAGAUGGAUCUACGUUCAGAAGGAGAGUACUAGAGAGAGACAUGGGUACUGCACACUUGGUGAGGCCUUUAAUCGUCUGGACUUUUCCAGUGCCAUUCAGGAUGUGCGCCGAUUCAACUAUGUGGUCAAACUACUGCAGUUGAUUGCUAAGACCCAGCUGACAUCUUUGAGUGGAGCAGCUCAGAAAAACUAUUUUAAUGUUCUGGAGAAGAUCGUGAGUAAAGUUCUGGAUGACCAUCAGAACCCGCGAUUGAUUAAGACCUUGCUGGACGAUCUUAGCUCCACCCUCUGCAUCCUCAUGCGAGAGGUCGGGAAGUCUGUGCUGGUUGGCAACAUCAACAUUUGGGUCUGCCGUUUAGAAACUAUCCUAAACUGGCAGCAGCAGCUCAACAAUUUACAAAUUCCAAAGCAAGUUUCAAAUGGGAUGACACUGAGCGACCUUCCUCUGCACAUGCAAAGCAACAUCCUGAACAAGUUUACUGAUGCUUGUGACAUCAUUAACCUGGGUCAAGCCACACCAACACUGCACAUGCUCAGCGAGGACCGGCAUCUGUGGAAGAAACUGUGCCAGUUUCAUUUUGCUGAGAAACAGUUCUGCAGGCACUUGAUUCUGUCAGAGAAGGGCCAUGUGGACUGGAAGCUGAUGUUCUUCACACUUCAGAAAUACUACCCUCAGAAAGAACAGUAUGGAGACACUCUGCAGUUUUGCAAGCACUGUAGCAUCCUCUUCUGGAAUGAUAGACACCUGGCUUUGCUCUUUAAGGAAUCAGGACAUCCUUGCACAGCAAACGAUCCUGACAGCUGCCUCACCCCCGUCUCUCCGCAACAUUUCAUAGACCUCUUCAAGUUCUGAAAUUCAGAAUGUUCUUGGACCUCUCACGCUGUCCUUGGGAACACCUGCAAACAACACCUCUAACAAAGACUUUGAACCUGAUAAAACAUUCUCUUAACUCAUCUUCUUUUUUCUCUCUGUGCCCCAGACUAGCCUGUCGUCUCCUUUAUGUUCCUCUGCCAUUCUGUGAUUAAAAGUUUGGAGAGUUUGAACUUUUGACAUUAUAAUGAAUUAAUUAAUUUUCUGUUUUCCUCUCCUAAACUUUAAGGGCUCAUAGAAAAGUCAUGAUAUUAGUGUUUCUUUCGUGUUGUCCUAUUUUUUCUCAGAGCAUAAAAGAGGCAGGAGAUAGGAAGGAUUGUUUGUUUAUAAUAGACAAUAGCAAAAUAAACUUGCUUUCGUGAGCGAUGUGUUGAAAUGAAAAAGCAUGGGAGAUCGUAUGGAAAGGCUAUCUUGUCAUUUAUAUAUAUAUAUAUAUAUAUAUAUAUAUAUAUAUAUAUAUAUAUAUAUACACACAU